GAGAGAGAGAGAGAGAGAGAGAGAGAGAUGGCAGGGAAGGAAGAGUACCGAAUAUUCGUGGGCGGGUUGUCGUGGGACGUCACGGAGCGUCAGAUGGAGAGCGCUUUCCAACGUUUCGGCAAAGUUCUUGAAGCUCAGAGAUAUUUUUGUUUGAGUGAUUGCUUCGAGUUGCUGAAGCUUGAUGUGAUUUUUUGGGACUAGUUAUAGCUGAUGAUUAAGAAAUAUCAAGGCAGGAAGUAUUAAACAGGCAGAUGGUAUCUGGAUGUGUGGAAUUGAGUUCAAGGUAGCCCAGUUAACUGCUUGCUUAGUCUCAUCUGCUGUACAAAGAUUUACUGUUGAAAAGAUCUGUGGUUGGGAUCCACAAGUUUUAUUGAUGAAAAGAUCUGUGGUUGUGAUAGUCUUGGAACUUCGGUAUAUAAGUAAGGCUUUGAGGGUGGGCCGACUCAUCAUCAACUCACAAGAUAUGACAACUUUGAGAAGUUAUCUUUUUUGUAGGAAGUAUGUUUCUGUUUGGAUUCUGUGGCUCUGCAGCCUAAGUUUGACUUGGUUAUUGUUUGAUCAAGGGAUGUUUUUUCUUUUGCUUCAACAACGGUUUUUAUCUUAUUAGAACUAAUGCUCUCAACGGUUUGACCAUAUUUCGUAUUGGUUGGACUCAAACUUGUCGAUAGUGAAGGAUGUGUCUGUUUUCUGAGAGCAUUUUCAGCUGAAUAGGGUGUCCUCAUCUAUGUUCCUUUGUUCUUUUUUUUUUUUUUUUGAUUCUCAUAGAAUUCAGAAGUUUAUAUACUGUCAACUCGUCAUUUGUUGUCAUAUAGGUUAUGCAGUUUUCUUAACGACUGCUAAAUCAGAGAGUUUUGUUGUCUCUUGUUAGUUGUUCUUCAGAUAUGUCAUAUCCUUGAUACUUGAUCUUUUAGUUAUGAUUGGAGGUCUGCUAGAUGUCAACUCUGAGUUUGAUUGGAUGAGGCUGCAAAGAAUCAAGUCUGAAUUAAUCAAUCCAAACUGCGUGUCAAUGAGGUCCUCUCAUCCUGCUAUUGUGGAGUGCUCAUGAAGUCUGAGCCUUCUUUUCAGCCUUCUGAGUUGAAUUUCUUAUUUUUCAAACUAGUCCAUUUUUUUUUUUAUUAAAAUUUAUUAAUUUUUUUAAGGGGUUUCAAAAGAUUUUCAUAGUCAAAUAUUCUAUGCAAUAAGUUUAUCUAGUGCGUUUUGAACUCAACUAUCUAAACCUGGUAGAGUUAUUUACAUAUAUCAUGAAGCUUCCAACACACUUUUGGUCUUGUCACUUCACUUGUGAGCACAUUUAUGCUAUCCAUUCAGUGGAUCUCAUGAGACAUCAUCCGGAUCACUAGCAGUCUUUUCAGAUUCCAGAAACAGUGUUUAAUUGAGGUUCGCUUGGCAAGAUGAAUUCAGCAACAUCAACACUACACCAGAUAUGGAUGCUGCUUAGCUCAUCUGUAGUUCCAGUAUUGAUUUAAGAUAUGAUAACUUUGGUGUUGUAAUAGUAGUACUUUUGGCCACCUCAGUAUCCGAAAAUCUGAAUCUGUUCCAAGUUGGAGUCUUGGUAUGGGCAUGCGCACACAUUUGUUCUCUCUCUCUCUCUUUCUACCCGUUGGCAUUUCAUCUUUGGGCACAGUGAUGUUGAGUUUUUAGUGGGCAGUGGUCUGAUAAUUGCAAGUACUUAAAAGUUGUCAGAACAUCCUCCAUCAAAAAAGGUUGUCAGAACGUGGAUCUCCAUGGCUCUGGGGUAUCUUUUAUGAGUUUAGUAGGUCUAAAUUUUCUGGUUGAAAGAGAUAAUCAGCGUUUUCAACAGUUCUGCUAUUUUGAGCUGACAAUUGGAUGGAGCAUCUUUGCUGUCUUUGACAAAUUUUUGUUUCUUUUACGAACUUAAUGAAACGCUAUGAGAAUGAGUGAUUAUGGAUCGAGUUGGUUAUGGUCUGCAAAAUGAACACAGUUUUUUAGGACACCUUGAUAUCUUUUUGUGUGCUAUGUGGCUUGUUUUGAAUAGUGGAAAGAUCAAAUAUUGCAAUUGCACAUUUGGGAGAACGUUCUUUUUGUGAAUACAAGAUGGAUGCUUGCCUGGUGUGUGUAGUAAUAUUGUAAUUUCUGGUAGUCAUGUUGGGAUUAAGGAUCAGUGAGAAGUUAACCAUAUCACAAAGACACUGCUAGCACCGAUGACCAAUUGAAUUUGAAUGUUACUGUUUGAGAGUAGAUGCAUUUGACUUUGUGGUGGGUAGGUAGCAGUUUAUGCUGGAUCUAGUUUAUUGGAUUUUGUGAGAAGUCAAGAUCAGAAGUGAUUCCUCUAUAGUUAUCAGAAAUUUUUCAGUUUGAAACAAGGUUCAAUCUGUUAUCCAUAGUAACGAAGAGAAAAUCAUGAUGGAAAGAGAUACAAACCGACCCCGAGGUUUUGGUUUUAUUACAUUUGGGGAUCGGCGAGCAAUGGAAGAUGCAAUCCGGGAGAUGCAUGGGCGGGAGCUUGGUGAUCGCAUAAUCUCUGUGAACAAAGCUCAACCCAAAAUGGGAGGGGGAGGAGCAGGAGAGGAUUCUGACCAUGGCUAUAGAGCCGGUGGUUACUCGUCUGGUGACAGGAGAAACUAUGGGGGAGGGGAUAGACCUGUUGGACAAGAUGAAUGCUUCAAGUGUGGGCGACCAGGACAUUGGGCCCGAGAUUGCCCUUCGGCAGGUGGUGGAAGAGGUGGUGGGGGUUCAUUUUCAUCACAUUCUAGGUUUGGGGCUGGUGGCCGUGGGGAUCGUUUUGGUGGAGACCGAGGUCGCUACAUGGAUGAUCGUUAUGAUGGAGGGCGCUAUGGAGACAGGGACCGUUUUGACAGCAGAGAUGACAAAUAUGGGAGCCGUGAUCGCUAUGUUAGUGACAGGUACCCAGCUGGUGAUCGUUUUGCAAGUGACAGGUACGGUAGUUCUGAUCGUUACCCUCAGAAUGGUUAUGGCAAAGAUAGAGGCUAUGAUAGGGACGGUGGCCCAAGAGGAGGCGACAGAUAUGCUAGUGGAGGGCCUGCGAGAGACGACAAUUACAGAAGCAGGCCAGGUCCUUAUGACCGCCCUAGCAGGGGAGGGCGCCCAUCGUCCUUUGACCGUUACUAAAAUGCCUGCCGUUGGGUGGCUCGGCUGUUUUCAUGAAACUUGUAGCUGUUUAUACUCUUUUAGGUUCUUGAUGUGGGAUGUUGAGAUUGCAAUUUUAAUGUAGGAUUGAUGGAUGAUAUGCAUUUUAAUUCUGUAUUUUCCUGUUCCAUGAUAUUUGUUACUCUCAUCAGUCAUCCCCCCUUCUUUCUGGUUGAUUGGCAAACAAAUGAAGCAACAUAAAAAGAAAAUCAGGUCAUUUUCUUGCU